AAGGGAGGCAUAGUCGGGUGCUUUCUGCAAACCUUUUAAAAUUUUUUUGAGUGACCAUCAAAAGUACGCUACCCUCUCCAAAGAAUUCCGUUGUUUUACUACUUAGGAAGUAUGAACCCAGAAUAUGAUUUCCUUUUUAAACUCUUGUUGAUUGGUGAUUCUGGUGUUGGAAAAUCUUGCUUGUUGCUUCGUUUUGCCGAUGACACUUACUCUGAGACCUACAUUUCUACCAUUGGAGUAGAUUUUAAGAUAAAAACUAUCGUUCUUGACGGGAAAACUAUUAAAUUGCAAAUAUGGGACACUGCUGGGCAAGAAAGGUUUAGAACUAUUACCUCCUCUUAUUAUCGAGGGGCUCAUGGCAUUAUUAUAGUAUACGACGUGACAGACCAGACUUCUUUCGACAAUGUGCACACUUGGUUGAAAGAAAUUAACAGGUAUGCCAAUGAAAAUGUGAACAAGCUUCUCAUUGGCACCAAAAAUGAUCUCACUUCUAAGAAAGUAGUCGACUACGAAACGGCCAAAGAUUGCGCCGAUAAGUUAAACAUCACCUUUAUGGAAACGUCUGCCAAGACUGCUACUAACCUUAACGAAGUCUUCACUACAAUGGCACGGGAAAUAAAGAACAGACUCGGUCCCCCUGAAAACUUAAGAAAUCAGAAGAACGAGCCUUUGCAGUUUGAUUCCACAAAGCAGCUUAAUCCGAAUUCCAGUGAAUGCAGCUGUUAAUCCCUCUUUGCUAUAGAAAAGUCAUAGAGUUUUAUAAAAUAUACUGCUUUUGUGUUAAAAAGAGUGAAAACCCUUCAA